AUGCACAACGACGAGUUCACAUUCAAGGCCACAACUUGCCGAGCAAACAAAGACAAAACAGGACCAAAGAUAGACAAAACAGGAACAAAGAUAGACGAAACAGCACCAAAGAUAGACAAAACAGGACCAAAGAUAGAUAAAACAGGAACAAACAAUGGUAUUACAGGAGCAAACAAAGACAAAACAGGAACAAAGAUAGACAAAACAGGAACAAAGAUAGACAAAACAGGAACAAAGAUAGACAAAACAGGAGCAAAGAAAGACAAAACAGGACCAAAGAUAGACAAAACAGAAACAAAGAUAGACAAAACAGGACCAAAGAUAGAUAAAACAGGACCAAAGAUAGACAAAACAGGACCAAAGAUAGACAAAACAGGAACACACAAUGUUAUUACAGGAGCAAACAAAGAUAAAACAGGAACAAACAAUGGAGCAAACAAAGACAAAACAGGAGCAAACAAAGAUAAAACAGGAACAAACAAUGGUAUUACAGAAGAAAGCAAAGACAAAACAGGAGCAAACAAAGACAAAACAGGAGCAAACAAAGUUAUUACAGGAGCAAACAAAGGUAUUACAGGAGCAAACAAAGACAAAACAGGAGCAAACAAUGGUAUUACAGGAGCAAACAAAGACAAAACAGGAACAAACAAUGGUAUAACAGGAGCAAACAAAGACAAAACAGGACCAAAGAUAGACAAAACAGAAACAAAGAUAGACAAAACAAGACCAAAGAUAGAUAAAACAGGACCAAAGAUAGACAAAACAGGACCAAAGAUAGACAAAACAGGAACACACAAUGUUAUUACAGGAGCAAACAAAGAUAAAACAGGAACGAACAAUGGUAUUACAGGAGCAAACAAAGACAAAACAGGAACAAAGAUAGACAAAACAGGAACAAAGAUAGACAAAACAGGAACACACAAUGUUAUUACAGGAGCAAACAAAGAUAAAACAGGAACGAACAAAGACAAAACAGGAGCAAACAAUGGUAUUACAGGAGCAAACAAAGACAAAACAGGAACAAACAAUGGUAUAACAGGAGCAAACAAAGACAAAACAGGAGCAAACAAAGGUAUUACAGAAGAAAGCAAAGACAAAACAGGAGCAAACAAUGGUAUUACAGGAGCAAACAAAGACAAAACAGGAGCAAACAAAGUUAUUACAGGAGCAAACAAAGGUAUUACAGGAGCAAACAAAGACAAAACAGGAGCAAACAAAGACAAAACAGGAACAAACAAAGACAAAACAGGAACAAACAAUGGUAUUACAGGAGCAAACAAAGACAAAACAGGAACAAACAAAGACAAAACAGGAACAAACAAUGUUAUUACAGGAGCAAACAAAGACAAAACAGGAACAAACAAAGACAAAACAGGAACAAACAAUGUUAUUACAGGAACAAACAAAGACAAAACAGGAGCAAACAAUGGUAUUACAGGAGCAAAUAAAGACAAAACAGGAGCAAACAAUGGUAUUACAGGAGCAAACAAAGACAAAACAGGAACAAACAAUGUUAUUACAGGAGCAAACAAAGACAAAACAGGAGCAAACAAUGGUAUUACAGAAGAAAGCAAAGACAAAACAGGAGCAAACAAAGACAAAACAGGAACAAACAAUGGUAUUACAGGAGCAAACAAAGACAAAACAGGAGCAAACAAAGACAGUACAGGAGCAAACAAAGACAACAACCGUGCUCCAGAAGAGCAUCCUGAUAUAACUGUAGCACGAGGAGAGUUGUUGGUGUCAGAUAAUUGGCGGAUAACGAUUCAGCAAUAG